AUGGACAAUUUUAGCAGAAAAUUCACCCAAUGGCAGAUGGAAAUGGUGGAGUCUAUAGGGGCAUCGGGUGGACUAGGUAUAAUGUGGAAAAAGAACUCAGCCGCAUUUACAUUCCAGACCAAGAUACAAAACUGGAUGGCUGGUAAAGUAAGAGCCCUUAGCCUAAAUCUUGAGUUUAUCAUCAUUAAUGUAUAUGGCCCAAUUCCAACAGAUAAAAAGAGAUUAGUUUGGCAAGAAAUUGAACACUUCUUAAACAAUCAGGAUGAGAAACACAUCAUCAUAGGUGGUGACUUCAACACCAUCUUGUACUCAACUGAUAAAAGCGGUGGGAUAAAAACCAUAAGACAGCCACAAAGAGACUUUGCAAAUUGGAUAAAUAAGAAUAACCUUCUGGAAAUCAGGACUGAGAUGGGUUUUCACACAUGGAAUAACAGAAGAAUAGGUUUCUCCAACAUUGCAGAAAUAAUUGGCAGAUUUUUCCUCAAAGGAGACCUGACUGACCUCAAAAAGGAAUUAAAAACUACAGUAUUGCCAUGGUCAGGCUCUGAUCAUUACCUGAUGCUAUUAGAACUUAUGGGGGAAGCAAAGCAAACUGCGUGUCCUUUCAAGUUUGAAAUGAUGUGGUUUACACAUGAAUACUUCCUCCCCAACAUACAUAAAUGGUGGAAGGACAAUGUCUUUGAAGGAUCUAAAAUGUAUUGUAUUGUCUCUAAGUUGAAAGAGGUUAAACACAAACUGUUAGAUUGGAACAAAAAGAAAUUCAAACACGUCUUCGAGGAGAAGUCAAGAAUUGAAAAAGGGUUGGAAACAAUAAAUAAUGUUGUGAUGCAAAAUAGGAUGACCUGUGAAACAUACGAGGCCGAAAAAAAGCUUUUAUGUGAAUAUGAAGGCAUUAUGGCUAGAGAAGAGAUAUACUGGAAACUAAAAUCUCGAGAGACAUGGCUAGAAGAUGGAGAUAGAAACACUAGAUUUUUUCACAACAGUGUCAAAAUGAAAAGGGCAGCAAAUAAAAUUACUCACAUCAUCAAUGACAGUGAUCAGAUCAUUAUGGAUCAAAAUCUGAUCGCAAAAGAUGGUACCAAGUACUUUGAAAAUAUUCUCAAUAAAGCCUUAUUGAAUAACAUACCCAAACUAAUAACAAAGGGUGAUAAUCAAAUGUUAAACUCCAAAAUCACCCAUGAAGAAGUCAAAAUGGCUUUGGCACAAUUUCAAGGAGAUAAAGCCCCUGGACCGAAUGGCUUCCCUGCUGGUUUUUUCAGAAAUGUUGGCAUAUCUUAG